AUGUCCGCGAUUUCGCUACAAGCCUUUCGUCCGACCGCGGAGAAGGUGUACCACGUGGACGUGCACCCCACGCUGCCGUGGAUCGUCUCAUCGGACGGCCACGAUAACGUCGUCGUGUGGGACUGGGAACACCGCCAGGUGCUGUACGAGGUGAACGCGGGAGGGGUGGACGAGCGGCGCCUGGUGGACGCCCAGCUACAGCGCAUCGCCGAUGGGGAGGAGCAUGCCAAGACACGGUCGUCAGCAGUGGGAGCAGAGGCCAUUCGAGGAGGAGGAGUGAAGGACGUGAAGUUUUAUGACGACGAUGUUCGCUUCUGGACGGGAGCCAUUGCCCGGGCGGCAGUGGCCGAAUCCCCCACCGUCACGUCUGCCGGCCUCCUCGUGCCGCCCAUCGGCGCCGCCCCGUCCGCGGUGCGCGGGCGGCGGUUCUUGUUUGUAUGCUGCGACAACAAGGCGAUUGUUGCCGACCUCGUGACAAUGAGGACAAAGGACAUUCCCAGCUUCUGCUGGACAACCGCUCUCCGCUUUGUGUGGAGUUUCUACCUCGUUCCAGUGCACUGGGCGAUGGCCCUUUUGCGUGCUUCGGAGGGCCUGAUGGGGCCAUUCGGGUGCUCUCCCUCGCAACCUGGCAGAUAUCGCGCAAGUUCACAGGAGGGCACAAGGGCGCAGUUCACUGCCUGCUGCCCUUCAUGGCCGGCAAUGGGGAA